AGCAGGCUCCAUGCAGGGCGCCCAACAUGGGACUCAAUCCCAGGUCUCCAGGAUCACGCCCUGGGCUGAAGGCAGCGCUAAACCACUGAGCCACCCGGGCUGCCCAACUCCCUACUCUUUAAGUGUGAACUGCACAUAUAGAACUUCCUUCUAAAGAGUAUAGUAUGGAAAGGGGAAAAGAAAAGUAGAGAAACCUAACACAACCUCAGCCAGGUGACUGAAGGCAACAUCAACUAUGGUAAGUCACGUCUACAGUACGUACUCUGGUGAGGUGAUGAAAAUGGCACUUUACCUCUGUGUCUUCCUCCCAAAAAUCUAUAACCUCAGUCCAACCAUGAGAAAAAUACCAAAUUCCAAUAGAGGGGCAUUCUACAAAAUACCUGACCAGUAAUCCUCAAAAUUACGUCAUCAAAAAAAGUCUAAGAAUCUGUCCCAGUUGCCUUUUUCCCUCUGGGCCACCAACAUGCCAUCUAGACUGAGGAAGACCCAGAAACUUCGGGGUCCUGUGAGCCAUGGCCACAGCCACAUCAGCAAGCACUGGAAGCACCCAGGAGGCCGGGGUAAUGCUGGUGGCAUGCAUCAUCACAGGAUCAACUUUGACAAAUAUCACACAGGUUACUUUGGAAAAGUCGGUAUGAGACAUUACCACUUAAAGAGGAACCAGAGCUUCUGCCCAACUGUCAACCUUCAUAAACUGUGGACCUUAGUCAGUGAGCAGACAUGGGUAAAUGCCACCAAAAACAAGACUGGAGCUACUAUUAUCGAUGUGGUGCGAUCGGGCUACUACACAGUUUUGGGAAAGGGAAAGCUCCUAAAACAGUCUCUCAUCAUGAAGGCCAAAUUCUUCAGUAGAAGAGCUGAGGAGAAGAUAAAGGGUAUGGGGGGUGUCUGCGUUCUAGUAACUUGAAGCCACAUAGGGGGAGGUUCAUUAAAUGCUAACAAAUGCUUUUAAAAAAAAAAAAGAAAAAGAAACUGUCAUAGUCUAGGAGGAGCCUAAGGGUACAUGAUGACUAAGUGUAAUGUGGUAUCCUUUGAUGGGAUCCUAGAACAGAAAAAAAAAACAUUAGGUAAAAAACUAAGGAAAUCUGGGUAAUGUAUGGACUUCAGUUAAUGAUGAUGUACAGAUGUUGACUCAUAAAUUAUGACAAAUGUACCACAUUAUGUUAAUAACUGGAUGUGGGGACACCUGGGUGGCUCAGGUUGGGCACCUGCCUUCGCCCUGGGGCAUGAUCCUGGAGUCCCAGGA